GCUCUGCACCGGCGUGGACCUCCUUUCUUUCUCCUAAAGCCUAAAGCCGCUGGCUGUGUGCGGUUCACUACCCCUGGAGACCCGUCCGUGUCACGUAUCUGCACGGGUCUUUGGAGUCGUUAGGAAGGACUCAGACUCAGGAAACCUCGAAAUGGACUCAGUGACCAUAGAGGAUGUGGCUGUGGACUUCACACUGGAGGAGUGGGCUUUAUUGGGUCCUUCACAGAGGAAACUCUACAGAGAUGUGAUGCAGGAAACCUUAAGGAAUCUGGCUGCAGUCGGAGCAAAAUGGGAGUAUCAUGACAUUGAAGAUCAGUACAAAAACCAGGGGAGAAAAUUAAGAACUUUUCUGGUAGAGAGAUUCUGUAAAAGUAAAGACAUUAGUUUAUGUGGAGAAAAUUUCAGCCUUAUUCCAACUCUCAAUCUGAACAAGAAAACUCCUGGAUUAAAACCAUUGAAAUGCAGUGCAUGUGGAACAGUCUUCAUGGAUCAUUCAUCCCUUACUAGACACAUGAGAUGUCACAUUGAACACAAAACGCGAGAGUAUCAAAAAUAUGGUGUAAAGCCAUAUAAAUGUAAAGAAUGUGGGAAAGCAUUCAUUUAUCCUGGUUCUCUUCGAACACAUGAAAGGAGUCACACUGGAGAGAAACCCUAUGAAUGUAAACAAUGUGGAAAAGCAUUUCCAUAUCAGAAAUCCUUCCGAACACAUAAAAGGAUUCACAGUGGAGAGAAACCCUAUGAAUGCAAGCAAUGUGGUAAAAGAUUCAGUGCUCAAAAACGUUUCCAAAUACAUGAAAGUAAUCACACUGGGAAAAAACCCUAUGAAUGUAAGGAAUGUGGGAAGGCCUUCACGUGGGAAACAAGCUUUCGACAACACAUGGUAACACACACUGGAGAUGGAUUUUAUAAAUGUAAGAAAUGUGAGAAAGCAUUCAUUUAUCCCAGUUGUCUUCGAAUGCAUGAAAGGAGUCACAAUGGAGAGAAACCCUAUCAAUGUAAACAAUGUGGAAAAGCCUUUAAAAGUCCUGAAACUAUUCAAAUACAUGAAAGAAUUCACAGAGGAGAGAAACCCUAUGAAUGUAAGCAGUGUGGUAAAGCCUUUAAUUAUUUCAGUUCCUUCCAAAUACACAAAAGAAAUCACACAGGAGAGACACUGUAUGUAUGUAAAAUAUGUUCUAAAGUACUGAGUACUGCCAGUUCUCUUCGAAAUCAUGAAAGAAUCCACACUGGAGAAAAGCCCUAUAAGUGUAAAGAAUGUGGGAAAGCCUUCACAUGGCAAAAAACCUUUCGAAAACAUAUGAUAACACACACUAGAGAUGGACCUUAUAAAUGUAAAAAAUGUGAGAGAGUAUUCAUUAAUCCCAGUUCUCUUAAAAUACAUGAAAGGAUUCACACUGGAGAGAAACCGUAUCAAUGUAAACAAUGUGGCAAAGCCUUUAGUUACUACUGUUCCUUACGAGUACACAGAAGAACUCACACUGGAGAGAAACCCUAUGUAUGUAAACAAUGUGGAAAAGCCUUUAGUUGUCAUGAAAGCCUUCAAACACAUGAAAGAAUUCACACAGGAGAGAAACCGUAUCAAUGUAAACACUGUGAGAAAGCCUACAGAUACCACAGUUCUCUUCGAACUCAUGAAAGGAGUCACACUGGAGAGAAACCUUAUCAAUGUAAACAAUGUGGUAAAUGUUUUAGUUCUCAAAAAGGUUUCAAGGUUCAUGAAAGAACCCAUACUGGAGAAAAACCCUAUGAAUGUAAAAUAUGUGGGAAAACCUUCCGUUCCACUUAUGUUCAAGUGCAUGAAAGAAUUCACACUGGAUAGAAAACCUACCAAGGUCAGGAAUGUGGGAAAGCUUUCAUUUAUCUCUCAAUCAUUUGAAGACACAUGAGACUGCACACUGCAUAGAAAACAUAUAAAGUGUGGAGAAUGGGAAAGGCUUCUCUGAUCUCAGUAGUUUAAAAGGAUGAAAGGAUUCCCUAGAUAAAACCGCAUUUGUAAACAGCCUGGGCAACAACUUCAGCUGGCCAACAUCAUGUAUGAGAAUUCCCAUGAAGAAGAAGUAUAAAUGUAAAUAAAAUGAGAUAACUUAAUGGAAAGUACUCCAUGCCUAAUGUUCCAGAAAAUCUUCAAUAUGAAAGAGUUGUUUUAAAAGUUUAAUAAAUAUGUUGUGUUUAGUAAGGAUCUUUCUUCAAGUGUAUCCUUGAAUGGUGGAUUUCUCCUAAUUUUAGAAAUGAAUAUUAA